GAAACAGGUAUGGUGUAAUUCAGCUUAAUCCGUUACGAGUCGUGUCGUAUUUUUGUGGUGUUGUUGAAAGGUCUGAUAUAAGUUAUUUUUCUUUGCAAUCAGAAUUGUAACAUACGACCUGGUCCUUCCGAAAUAAUUUAGUAUGAGUAAUCGACGAAGACAUGCCGAUGAUUUCACGGACUCCCUUCGCAGUUAUCGUGAAACGAUCAACGAGCUACACAGUCAGACAGGACCUCAAAUAUACUCAGAAGAUAGUUUAGAUACUGAUUCUGUAAGGAACAGACAAUAUGAAAAUGAUGAUGAACACAGUUGCCCAAACAAUGGCACUGAAUGUCACGAUGGUUCAAUUAUUCUAGCAAGUAAUUUAACCAAUGAGCAAGAUGUUUUGAUCCCUAGUACAUAUCACACUGCUGAAGAGAGUCGUGAUACUGCACACAGCGAUAUGCAGUUUAAUGUACCAGAUGAAACAUCUUACAUGUCAAUUAAACUUGACUUAAAUAAGUGCAUAAAUUUAUUUCAUAACGAACAUCUGAAAAAGGGACACGAGACUUCUGAGGAAUAUUCAAAUAUUUCUACAACUGCUUCAUCUGAGACAAAAGCCAAAGAAGUUGGCGCUUGUCAUUCAAGUGCAGGUAAGACCUGGGAGAUACAAUAUUAUUUAAAUGAUAUACACUCACUAACUACGUUGUCAAAUUCAUUAAAAGACACGGCAGUACCAAAAGAAAAUAUUAGAAGAUCCAAGAGCUGCACCAUGCUCUGUAGUAAUUCAAAGAGAGACACAAAUCACAAUAUUAAAGUUAAUCAGUUCUGUUUAGCAUCCACAGAGACUACAGCUAAAACUACUAGCCAUGAGAAGGUUGAAACGAGUCCAUUAGUCAAUGUAUUAUCAUCAUCGGAAUCUUUUGUCUCAUCGAGCAAAAAGGAUGGUCCACAAUCUAAGGAGGAAAGUCAGAAGUACGAUUCAACAAGUGGUAGCAGUACAAUAGACGACGUCGAUGUUUGUGAAUUGAAAACACUUCUACACUCACUACAGAAUCAACAAAAACCAUCGAAAGAGGUGCCUAUCCCAGAGCAUACGAUAAGACGUCUGUCCACAAUGUUUUAUGUUUCGCCGAAUGACUUCACUGAGAGAUUAUUGACAAUAAUUGAAGAAUCGGUCGUAACUAACGAUUCCGACAUGCGAGAAUUUCCAGAUGUUAGUCUGUGUCGCUUAACCGCAGAGCUUCGAAAAAUGUGCAAAUUCAUAGAUAACGAAACUGUGCCUGAAUGGCCCGCUUCGCCAGGCAUGUCGACAUCGAUUUGUCUGGGAGGAGAUGUACAACCGAAACCUGACUCUUCGCGGAGAUCAUUGGGUACUUUUUCGAGUCCUAGCAAAGGCCUGUAUACUACACCCAUCGUUUCCACCACCAGCCGAUAUAGUAGAAGUCCCAAGAAGAUUUUCCGACGUAUUCCAAAGACCAUCUCUGCCGCGCUAGACAAUACACAGAGCCCAAUGUAUGAGAGUACAGACGCGCACAAUAGCACGAGCACAUUUGAAUGUUUGGAAGCCUAUUGUAAGAAAUGGUUUUCGAACGAGUGCAGGCCAUCACCGUUGCAGAAGAAUUGUUUACAGUCACCCCUGCAGAACAUGAGCAGUAUCUUACACGCGUGCGACGUUCAGAUGAAAUCUCUGGAAGAUUCGUGCACCAAUCGCGAGCUAGUUCAGAACGUCGCAACAUCCAUUGCUGCUGAUACAGCGAGUCAACACAACAACAUGGUACCUGAUACAGAAGAACACGAGCUCAUGAUUCUUACGCCCGAUAAACGUGAGAAAAGUCUGUCAAAAGACAUGUUACCCAAGCUGCGUAUAGGCCGCAGUACCUAUUGCGAGAAAAUCGAUCCGGACGAUCUGGAGAAAACGCUCAUAUAUGAAAUAGCGAAAAAGAGACAGAGGUGCCUCGACACGGCAAAAGUAAUAAUGGAGAUCGAUGGGAAUUCGGAAGUGUUGGGAGCGCAAGGAACAUGCCGAGUUAGCAGCGUCAAUGAGACGAGGCUAUCGACGGACAAAGAUGCCAAAUUGAUGGAGACGCUGAUGUCCUGUAAGAAAUACCAAGAGUAUCUGAAGGAGCACAAACCUUUGCUCAAUUUGCUGCAACGAUCAGAAUUGUACAAGUCUCGUCUUGCGCAACAGAAAACAAAUGUCCACACAAAGAAAGCUGACAGAGUCAACGUUGCGAGAUUGGCGGUGCCGAAAACCCCGAUGACUAAGAAAGGAAGAAAGAGCAGAAGUCCUUCGCCUAAAACAGUCGGCGUUCCGAAGCCAAGGCUAUUCAUAACUCCCGGGAAAACUCCCGGGAAAACUCCCGUCAAUAAGACUGCGUGCAAGGAGAAGCGCACGUAUUUCCACAACCUGGGAGUUAAUUCGAAUAAGAAAGAGAAACUGAAGAAGAGCUCAAACAAGGAAUCUAACAUCAGUCCAUGUACGCAAAGUAUUUGUCGCAAAAUGGGACUAAAUUACGACAGCGUGAUAUCGCCGGUUGGUAUGUACAUCAAAGGCACGAAUCCUCAUCUGAUAAAAAAUUUACGCCCUAAGACGGACGAGAUGUUGUUGACACCAACGAAAAAGCAACCUAUGCCGUCCGCUAACACAAAGCCAAAAAUGAAGUUUCGACUAUCACCGAACAAGUCCAAAAAAACACAGCUCAUUAGCACAGCAGUUGGAGAUGAAAAUAUUCCCGAUAAUUUUCUACAUCCGAAAGUGCAUUAUAAACUGCCAUCACAUAUACGCACGAUAAAGGAAACGGAAAAUCGAAAAGUGGGUAAUCGCAUAAACGAAUUAUUGCGCUCCACUCAAGAUAAGGUUGUGAUUCGACACGAAGGUCGAACGAAAACGGUUCAAACGGACUGCACGGAGCAACCUGAGAUUCACUACGACUCCGCGGAAGAAUCCGUCCAUAUCGAGCAGACAGCCCGUAAAACGCACUUUUCUCGAGUACAAAAGGGUUAUUAAAUGAUACCGAAAUAUUUGUUGAACGUCACUGAUGUAUUAUAAAAGAAAACUUAAUUUCUCUAAUGCACGUUAAUCUAUGUUUUUUUUUUUAUCAGAGCUGAA